ACCGGGAAGGAUUUUGUUGUGACAGCGGAGCAGCAACCCGGUGCGGAGACGGUAAUAACAGAGGUUUUUAUUUUCCUCUUGGAUAAGCCAUGGCCUUCAGCAAAGGAUAUCGUAUUUACCACAAGCUGGAUCCACCACCUUACAGUGUCAUAGUGGAAACGAGGUCCAGGGAGGAAUGUCUUAUGUUUGAAUCGGGCGCUGUGGCCGUUUUGUCGGCGGCAGAAAAGGAGGCCAUUAAAAGUACGUACACCAGGAUCUUUGAUGCGUAUGGAAUUCUUGGUGUUCUCCGGCUAAACCUGGGUGACUCCAUGCUCCACAGCCUGGUGGUUGUAACUGGAUGCAGCUCUGUAGGCAAAGUGCAGGAUUCAGAGGUCUUCAGGGUCACACAGACAGACUUCAUAUCGCUGACGAAUGAUCCAGCCGAUGAGGACCGGAUUGCUGAGGUGCGCAAGGUCCUGAACUCAGGACACUUCUACUUUGCCUGGUCUGCCACUGGAGUCGGGAUGGAUUUGAGUCUCAAUGCACAUCGCAGGAUCCUAGAGGACACCACAGACAACCGCUUCUUUUGGAACCAAUCUCUGCACUUGCAUCUUAAACACUAUGGAGUAAAUUGUGAUGACUGGCUGCUGAGGCUGAUGUGUGGCGGCGUAGAGAUCAGGACUAUCUACGCAGGCCACAGACAGGCCAAGGCUUGCAUCUUCUCUCGCCUCAGCUCGGAGCGAGCCGGGACGCGAUUCAAUGUCCGAGGAACCAACGAUGAUGGGCAGGUGGCCAACUUCGUGGAGACUGAACAGGUUAUUUUCCUGGAUGAUAGAAUCUCAUCCUUCAUCCAGAUCCGGGGGUCCAUUCCUCUUUUCUGGGAACAGCCGGGAAUCCAGGUGGGCUCCCAUCGUGUCAAACUCUCAAGGGGAUUUGAGGCAAAUGCACCCGCUUUUGAAAGACACUUCACUGCACUGCGGACGUUGUAUGGAAAGCAGGUGAUCAUCAACCUGCUUGGAGGCAAAGAAGGGGAACAUAUGCUCAGCAAAGCAUUUCAGAGUCACCUGAAGGCUUUAGAACACGCCACAGCAGUGAAAAUGGUUAACUUUGACUAUCAUCAAAAUGUGCGGGGUGGCAAGACGGACAAACUCAGCAGUGUCCUGAAACCCCAACUGAGUAAAUUCAUAGAUGAGUGUGGCUUUUUCUACUACUCUGGGGAAAAAGGCAUUGUGAGAACCCAGGGAGGGACCAUCAGGAGUAACUGCCUGGACUGUUUGGACAGAACUAACAGUGUUCAAGCCUUCUUCGCACUUGAGAUGCUACCCAAGCAGUUGGAACAAAUGGGUCUGACAGAGAAACCACAGCUGGUGGCCAGGUUCCAGGAGGUUUUCAGGACCAUGUGGUCUGCUAAUGGUGACUCCAUCAGUAAGAUCUAUGCAGGGACAGGAGCCCUGGAUGGCAAGGCCAAGGCCGGAAAGCUUAAAGAUGGAGCUCGCUCUGUGACGCGGACCAUCCAGAACAACUUCUUUGACACCUCCAAGCAGGAGGCGAUAGACAUCUUGAGGCUGGGAUCCACACUUAACAGUGAUUUGGCAGACAAAGCUCGAGCCUUGCUCACCACUUCCAGUCUUUAUGUCACUGAGCCUGUCUUACAAUCAGCCUCUCCAAGAGUGUUGCUGGGAAUGUGUCAGAACCACCAUAGAUACACAAAGCCCAAGCAAAUCCGGGUCUGUGUCGGCACCUGGAACGUCAACGGGGGCAAACAGUUUCGCAGCAUCGCAUAUCGCAACCAAACACUGAACGACUGGCUGCUGGAUGCUCCAAAGAAAGCCGGGCAUCCGGAGUUUCAGGACAGCAAAGCCAAUCCCAUAGAUAUCUUUGCCAUUGGCUUUGAGGAAAUGGUUGAACUGAAUGCCGGGAACAUUGUCAGUGCCAGCACUACUAACCAGAAACUGUGGGCCGCUGAGCUCCAAAAAAACAUUUCGAGGGAUCACAAGUACGUGCUGCUUGCCUCUGAGCAGCUGGUGGGCGUGUGCCUGUUUGUUUUCAUCCGUCCGCAGCAUGCACCCUUCAUCAGGGAUGUCGCUGUAGAUACAGUGAAAACUGGAAUGGGCGGGGCGACUGGUAAUAAGGGAGGCGUCGCCAUCCGCCUGCUGUUCCACACCACCAGCAUCUGCUUCGUCUGCUCCCACUUUGCUGCCGGCCAGUCUCAAGUUAAGGAGAGGAACGACGACUACAAUGAGAUCACUCGCAGACUCAGUUUUCCCAUGGGUCGUCUGCUUUAUUCACACGAUUACGUGUUCUGGUGCGGAGACUUUAACUACCGAAUCAACUUGCCCAAUGAGGAAGUGAAAGAGUUCAUCAAACAGCAGAACUGGGAUGCUUUAACAGCUGGUGAUCAGUUGUUGGAACAGAAAAACUCAGGAACGAUCUUUCGAGGUUUUAUUGAGGGAAACUUGGAUUUCGCCCCCACUUACAAGUAUGACCUCUUCUCAGAAGAUUAUGACACCAGCGAGAAGUGCCGAACACCAGCAUGGACCGACCGCAUACUUUGGAAAAGGAGAAAGUGGAACUUCAACAGAACUGCUGAGGAGAUGAACGUUGUAGGUGUGCCUUCUACAUCCGGGGAGGCUGAGGAUAAUCCGGAACAGGCCUGGAGCCCUGGGACCUUGAAGUACUAUGACAGGGCUGAGCUCAAGACCUCAGAUCACAGGCCCGUGGUAGCAAUAAUAGAUGUUGACAUCCUGGAGGUGGAUCCUGAGGAACGACACCAGGUCUACAAAGAUGUCAUUGCCCUGCAGGGGCCUCCAGAUGGCACCAUCUUGGUGUCCCUCUGCUCCUCUGGGCCUGAUGACUAUUUUAGUGAUGAACUCAUUGAUGAGCUGCUUGAUAAGUUUGCUAAUUUUGGAGAAGUCAUCCUCAUCAGGUUCGUUGAGGAGAAAAUGUGGGUGACCUUCUUAGAAGGUUACUCUGCUCUUGCUGCGCUCUCUCUUAGUGGUUCCACCGUCCUUGACAAGCUGAUUGACAUCCGCCUAAGGAGUCCAGGCUGGAUCAAAAGUCUGGAGGAGGAAAUGAGCGUGGAGAGGAUCUGCGGCAGCAUUCCCACUUCAGCCAGCUCCAGUUUGCUUGCUGAGGAUGUGGACGUGGGUGAUGACGAUUAUGAUAUGGAAGGUGAUGUGGAUGACGAGGUGGAAGACAUCCUUCCCCAGCACUUGCAGCCUGGAGCAGGCUCUGCCCCUGGAUCUUCACCUCUGCCGUCCCCCCGCAGCAGUCCUUGUCCCUCUCCUACUCAUGGUGAACCCGCUGCUCCCUACAGACCAAGCCGUGGACAACAACCCCCUCGACCGUCACAAGAUUUAAGCCCACCAUCGCAGAGGAGAGAAACAGCAGGGCCUCCUGUAGACUUCCAGCCUGGUGCACCCACAGGCCCAGGUCUGGAGCCCAAACGACCUCCUCCACCUCGGCCCAAUGCUCCUCCGGCCAGACCAGCUCCGCCUCAACGCCCACCACCACCUUCAGCUGGCAUGAGCCCUCAGCCAGUUAGAAAGGACUCUGGAGGACCAAAAAGCCCUGCUCUCCCUCGCCCAGAUGCUCCUGCAGGUCGAGGUCAGGCAGGAGCUCCAGCACCUGGAGGGGCUUCCCGACCAAAUAUUCCUCCACGAGCUGGAGUGAUCAGUAUGCCCCCUCAGUCUCGCCCGCAACCUCCAUCUCACCCGGGUGCGCCAAGGCCCAUUCCUGAUGUGCAUCCUGGGGCCCCUCGCCCAAUCCCAGACAAUCACCCCGGAGCCCCGCGGCCUGUGCCCAGUGCGCCAGUUAAACCAGCUGACCUUCCUCUGGGUCCUCCACCAUCAGGACCCCCUCCCACCAUGAAACCCCAGGCUCAUUCUCCCAUGCAGCCUCAGCCAGCUCCCCCGUCUGCUCAGUCACAGCUGCCACCACCCAUGCAGCCCACACUUCCUGCUCCUCUGCAGCCACAACAAGCAGCUCCGCCUGCCGCGGCUACCCCACCUGCAGCAGCCGCUCCCACCGUUGCUUCUCCGGGGCCUCAGCAGAACCUUUCCUCUCCUAAACCACCUCCUCGCUCACGCUCCUCUCAUGCACUGCCACCUGACGCUGCCAAGUCUGAGUCUGCCCCAGCUGCACAGACCAACAGACUGAAUGGAUUCCAAAGAGAAGCACAGUGGAAGCCUGACCCCUUUCAUUCACUUACAUCUGACUUGUUCUUUUCCUCAUCCUCCCAACACACCACCCAGUCUCUAAACAGAGGCUCCUCUGUGCAGGCUCCAUCCCCCGUUCCUUCAUCUCCAUAUUCCUCCUCCACUCUCCCCUCGUCCUUCUCCCUCCAGUCUUCUGCUUUAUCAGACCUUAAGUCCCUGAAUUCAUCUUCCUCAUCCUCGCUCUCCACCCCGCCACCGUUCGCCGCCUCGCUGCUCCUGCCUCCCCCUGCCCCAUCUCGCAGCCGCUCUCAGGAGAUACUGCGUGCCUCUCCGAACCCCUUCCAGGCUGAGCCGCUCCCUGCCCGACCCAGCAGCACCAAUCCCUUCACAGGCCCUCUGGUGCAGCAGCAUCAACUGCCUCGACGUUCUCUCACCCCGGACUUCAGUCUCCAACAUGAAACCCAAACAGCUGACCUUCAGAGGACUCUGUCUGCUAUUUCUCAACCACUUGUCCCCACCCCUGCAGCUGUACCGUCCUACCAACUCAGUCGGACCAUGUCUUUGUUUGGACCAUCAUCCGGUCCCAAUCUUACACAAGUUCCUCUGCUACCUCUUGCUCCUGAUCUGUCUCCUGCCCCCACUUUACCCUUGGCGCUGCCCUCCUCCCUCCGUCCCACCGUCGCACCCCGUUGCCAGCCGCCACCUCCCUCUAGAGGGCAACAAAAGAAGCAGUGGGUCACAUUUGAUGAUGAUCUGAAUUUCCCACCAACAACAAAAACACAACAGAACCCCGUAUUCCCUUCCAGUUCUCCUGUGCCCCAGACUCUAUCUCAGUCAACCCGCUCUGUGUUCGACUCUGAGCCUGAGUGGUUAUCCUCCUUACCCCCUCACAUCCCAACCAGAACUGCAACCAGUAACCCGAACCUCCCGCAGGGUCCCAGUAACAAUGGCUUCUUUUCCUGAGUAGAACAAAAUCAUAAUGUCACCCCUCAGAUGUAAGGGGAAUAUCCAUAUAUGUAUAGAUCUAUAUUAAAUGAGUAAAUGUGUGUGUUUAUGUAAAAAAAAAGAAGAGACAAGAUUUAAGAAUUAUAGACCAAUCCCUUCAGAGUCGUGGGAAAAACGCAGUAUCAUGAGAAAUGUAUGAGCCCAGCUGCUUGUUUUAACUUUAAAACUUCCCUGAUUUUAACAUUUAUUUGCUAUCACUUGCUAUGUUUGUUUUAAUGACUGCAGCAAACACAUGCCUGUGUCUAUGGUAUGUUUCCUAUAAAGUAUCUAUGUACACACAAGUCAUGCGUUUACUCACCUGUGCAAUAUCAAAGCAUACAUGUGUGGCUGCACUGAUGUUUGGUAUAAAUAUGUGUGGCUUUGCAGAAGACCCACAGCAGUUCUCAUCCAUCAUUUUUGACUGAUCAGAGCUCUCAGAGCAGGAGUUGAUCAUUGGUUUUUCUCUUUGCUAUCUGGUCGCAGGAUAAGCGCUGCAGGGUUCUAUGUACUCGUUUUGUUUCCUGGGACUGGCAGGUUCAGACUUAAGGUCUCUUUAAUUUCUGAAUGUAAUUUUAUUUGCACUGGAUUUGUUGACUCUGCAGUGUGUGGAAAAAGCAAGAGCACAAGCUGUUAUGUCAGUUCAGCUGGACUGCCGCAGGACUGAUACUCUGUGUAAUAUCACCUCAUCCGCUCGAUAAUGAUAGGUUGUUUUGUUUUGCUCUAUUCAGUCGGCAUUCCUUAUCUGUAAGCUGAUAUACUUUAAGGUAUUUUGUGGCUAAGCAUCCAAACCUAUACAUAGGAAACUUAUGUUUAAAUGUAUGCUCGAUUAUAGAAAGUGCUUGCCAGACGUGUGAGUGUGUUUGUGAGGACCAAGCCAGAGGUUUUGGUCGAUGAUACGAAUAUGCACUGAGAUGCUGUAGGCGCUCUCCUGGUCAGGUUCUACAGGUUCUAACAGAGGAGGGUAUUUUCACUUUGAUUUGACCUGCAGUGUUUAAAUCUUUCUUGGUUUAUCCAAAGUAAUCUGUAUGAUAAACUAAUAAAAUGUUUGUACUUAAAGUACAAUGACGACAUGGUUUGGGUCUGCAAGAGUAAUAAUCAGACAGCACUUUUUUGUUUACUUUGAGUCAUUUGUUAGAAUUUCUGGUACCAGCUACUCUAAAUAAUGUUACCGUGGUGAGAAGUGAUGUGCUGUGUUUGAGGUGCAUAUCAUCUGUUGUGUUGUUGUUUUUUUGUUUGUUUGGUUGGAUUUGAGUGUAUAUACAGGUUUAAGAGUGGAAACCGUCCAUCGUCUUUCCUUCCAGACUCGAAGCUAACAGCCAACAUUCACCCACUUUCACCUGCAACUGUGUUUUUGCUCCAUCCUGUCAGUUGCCGAUUAAAGACAAUAUUUUAAAUUAAAAUAGGAGACCUUUUCAUUAAGCAAAUAAAAACCCUCACAUAGCAGUUACUUUUGAUCAGGUUAGAACAUUUCCAGCUGACUGUGGCCCAGAUUGUAGACAGUUUUGGGUUAUCAAAAAUAAUAUUCUAGGUAUCUCGCCGUGAGCGGUCAUGAAUUAUUUUGAUUAGGUGCAGUGGCGCCCUCAGGCUGUUUUACUUACCUUUCAAAACAAAAUGAUUACAGAGGAAACAUUUUAGAUCGUCCUUAGCUAGCUAUAUUAGCAGUUAGAGCAGCUAGCACUCCUAAAAUCUCAGUCUCCAUGCUCCCUAGAGCAAGUGGGUUUUAACGUUAGCUCUGAGAUUCCAAAGAGGCUGCCACCAUUUCCAAAUUGAGCAUAAUUCAUAAUAGGCAAAGGUGAAAGUUUAAAAAGGAGCAACUUUGCUGUACUCUGCUGAGCCUUCCUGUUAUCUGCUCAAAGUCUUGGCCUCAAUGAGCUGUAUUUGUUGACGUUGUAGAAAAUGUUUUUUUUUUUAAACAGCAUCUUACAUCUCUGUGUUUCCUUUGACAUUAUUUUUCACCCCCCUCACUUAUACUGAAACUAGCUAACUGGGAGUCUUCUUCACUCAGCAACAGUAUCCACACCUAAGAGUGUAGUUGUCAGUGCCGCCUCGUAUCUCUUGCAUAGCUUGCAUUUACCGAUGGGUACUUUUCAGUUUACUACCUGCUGAUCACCGGUCAGGGCUGAUCAAGCUGAAAAUUGUUGGCUUCUGAUCAUUUGCACAUUCCUCUGUACACCUCUAGUUUCAAGCUGCUCUAAGUAUUUAAAGUUUCACAUUUUAUGUCUGAAAAUGACUGUUUCUACCUGUUGAGAGGCUGUUUGUUGUGUAAACCUUACAGAAUUUUUAUUCAUUUUUCUGUGUGUUUCAGUAUUUUGUCCUGUACUUCCUGAUUCACUGCUUAAAUACUUGUUAGCGAGACAACGAUGACAGGAAAUACAUGUGCUAAAGGAUCAGUAAAAGCCCCAAGGCAUGUAAAUACCCCAAAUAAAUCCCAUUCACUGCAUUUAAAAGCUAUGUGUAAGCAAGAGUAUCAGACAGCGGCUGCUUACAUGCCAUCUCUGAAAUGUUAUCUGUGGUGUUGUCCCAGUGUGUGCAGUAGAUACUGGAUCAACAGUAGAUCACUAGCCAGCGCUUUACAACAUGUCACCAUUUCAGAUUCAGUAUUUUUUUGGGGUUUUUUUUGUUUUUAGGUAACAAAUUACUCCCUUUGUCAGGUUGGUGUCCCUUUUUAUGGCUAUAAUCCAUAGUGAAUAAGAGUCUGUGUUGUGAAACAAACAUAUUCUGUAUGUACUAAAGUGAAUACAUGAAGCUGUAAUUCAUGUUAAUAUCCAAUGUUCCAUAGUUUACGUGCAAAGCAGAUGGCACAUUAAUGUAUGAAGCAGUUUGUGUUGUAUGUGUGCUGAAAUAAAUGUACACUGAUGA